ACGGGGGGGUUUUGGUGUCAGCUGAAGAGGAGAGAAAUGGCGGAAGAAGCAAUCCUAGGGUUCUUGGAGAACCACGACGAGAUCGCCGAUUCCGGCGAGUUCGCGGCGGCGCAUGGGAUCGACCACAACGAGGUGGUCAACGUCAUCAAGAGCCUCCACGGCUUCAGAUACAUCGACCCUCAGGACAUUAAGAGGGAAACGUGGGUGCUUACAGAGGAAGGGAAGACGUAUGCGGUUGCCGGAUCACCUGAAGUGCAGCUGUUUUUGGCUGUACCGCCAGAGGGUAUCUCUCGUGAUGAACUUCAGAAAAGGCUGGACCCCUCGGUUUUCAAAAUAGGUUGUGCACAAGCAGGGAAGAAUAAAUGGGUCGAGAUGGGCAAACAUAUAUCUAGAAAGGUUCAACAUGUGGAUGACAAAGUCAAAGAUAUGCUUACACGGAUAAAAGAUGGGCAGGAUAUUGAUGCAGACAACAUCAAAGCUCUCAGAGCAAGAAAGCUUAUUAUUCCACAGACAUGGAAGGGUUACUCAGUGAAGAGAGGUCCUAAUUAUGCCCCUAAAAGGAAGAAGGCUGCUACAGAUUUGACUCGGGAAAAUCUCCAGAGGGGUGACUGGAAGGAUUUAGAGUUCAAAGAGUAUAACUUCAGCGCCAAGGGUCCACCUGCCGGAGGUGGCCAUAUUCAUCCACUUCUCAAGGUGAGGCAGCAGUUGAAGAAUAUAUUUCUUUAUAUGGGUUUCGAGGAAAUGCCCACAAACAACUUUGUGGAAAGCAGUUUCUGGAACUUUGAUGCUCUGUUCCAGCCUCAGCAACACCCUGCUCGUGAUUCACAUGAUACUUUCUUUCUGAAAGCUCCUUCCAUCACGAGGGAACUUCCUGAAGAUUAUGUUGAACGUGUGAAGAGAGUUCACGAAUCGGGUGGUUACCAGUCUCGAGGAUAUGGAUAUGAGUGGAAAAGAGAUGAAGCAAAUAAGAACCUUUUACGAACUCACACGACUGCUGUUUCCACGCGGAUGCUUUACUUGUUGGCACAGAAGAAACCCUUUGAACCAAAGAAGUACUUUUCAAUCGAUCGUGUUUUCAGAAAUGAAGCGGUAGAUCGGACCCAUCUCGCAGAGUUCCACCAGAUCGAAGGUCUCGUAUGUGAUCGAGGGCUUACUCUUGGAGAUUUGAUUGGAGUCCUGCAUGAUUUUUUCUCUCGUAUAGGCAUGUCGAAGCUCCGUUUCAAGCCUGCUUACAAUCCAUAUACCGAACCUAGCAUGGAGAUUUUCAGUUACCAUGAGGGCCUUGGGAAAUGGGUGGAGAUAGGGAACUCUGGCAUGUUCAGACCUGAAAUGUUGCUUCCAAUGGGACUUCCUGAGGAUGUUCGCGUUAUUGCCUGGGGACUCUCCCUUGAAAGACCUACAAUGAUACUUUAUGGGAUUGAUAACAUCCGGGAUCUGUUUGGACACAAGGUUGAUCUCGGUCUUAUUAAGAGGAACCCGAUAUGUCGUCUUGGAAUUGACUAAAUUAUGGGGAACUCAUUUUUUGGGGCGCAUUUCAAUUCUACACAUGUUCUUACCUUUUAGAACAAGCAGAAAUUCUUACACAGGUCGAGAAGACCAUUUCUUUUGUUAACCUGAACGUGCUAUAGAAGCACCGUACUUCAAUUUUAGUGGUUGCUAGUGAAAAUGUGUGUUUCAAA